AUGGAUAAAAUAUCUGAAAUACUAGGUUUUGCUCCUGCAUGGUAUAUUCAAAGAAAUAGUGGUUAUAUCUUAAAAAAAUUAAAACCAACUGAAAUCAAUGUUAACUUAAAAAUUGAAGAUACAACUAUCGAAGAUAUACAUGUACGUAUUUAUCCUCCGUUGACUUUAAAUGAUGAUAAUACAGAACGUCUUUCAACUAUUAUUUUUUAUCACGAAGGAAUGUUUUAUAUGAGUUCGAGUGAUGAAUUUGUUUUGAUUUAUUUUAAAUUUCAAUUUGUUUGUACAAAUUAUCAUUUUACAUACGCAUUAUCCAAUAACACGUGGAUUGGCUCUUCAGACAGAUAUCGUCUUGCACCUGAACAUCCUUUUUCAGCUGGACUUGAUGAUUGUAUUAAAGCAACACACUAUGUUCUUGACAGAAAUAAUGCAGAAAAAUUAAAUAUUGAUUCAAAACGUAUUGCUAUUGCAGGUAAUUCAGCUGAUGGAAAUUUAGCUGCUUUUGUUGCAAUGCAAUUUGCCAAAGAUGCAAAUAGUAAUAAUAUUCCUUGUGUUCAAGUAUUAAUAUAUUCUACUGUUCGAUUCUUUGAUCUUAUGAUUCCUUCAUAUGUAACACCAGCUUUACAUAUUUUUCAUUCUGAAAGAGCUGUUCAAGUUCUUGAACUUUAUAUAAACAAAAGUAUAAAUGGUGAUGCACUAGUUAAUAAACAUUCUAGUAUUGAACAAAAGAAACAAUAUCGUCGAUUUGUUGAUUGGUCAUUAAUUCCAAAUAAAUAUCGAAAAGUAUACAAAGAACCAAUAAUUGAUAAUAUGGAUGGCAAUCCUCAACUUAUAGAAAAUGCUAAACAACUAUUAUAUCGAGAUAUAUCACCACUGUUGGUUGAUAACGAAGAUUUGGCUAAAUUACCAUCAACUUAUAUACUUACUGUUGAUCGUGAUCGAUUAAGAGAUGAAGGUUUUUUAUCAUUAACAUUCUUAGAAGGAUUAUUUGAAUUAGAUAUUGCUCAUGAAAUUCUCGAUGGUAUUGUUCAUUACCUGAAAAAUAGUCCUUGA